AUGUGGGAACGGAUCCUUGUGGGAGAGUUGUGCGCUUUCUUCACCAAGGCCGAGGGAACCCAGGAGAAGACCAUCGUCACUGCUGACUGCUGCUACUUCAACCCUCUACUCAGACGCAUCGUGCGCUUCCUAGGUGUUUACGCCUUCGGCCUGUUCACCACCACCAUCUUCGCCAACGCCGGCCAGGUGGUGACGGGGAACCAGACGCCCCACUUCCUGUCCGCCUGCCGCCCGAACUACACGGCCCUGGGCUGCCAGUCGGCCAUGCAGUACGUCACCGAGCGCCGCGCCUGCACGGGCAACCCGCUGGUGGUCAUGUCCGCCCGGAAAUCCUUCCCCUCGAAGGACGCGGCCCUCGGCGUGUACUCCGCUCUGUACACAGUGAUGUACGUGACGUUGGUGUUCAAGACCAAAGGCACACGGCUCACCAAGCCCACCAUCAGCCUCACUCUGUUCUGCCUGGCCAUGCUGGUGGGGGUCGUCCGGGUGGCUGAGUACCGCAACCACUGGGCCGACGUCCUGGCAGGAUUCUUCACCGGGGGAGCCAUCGCCGUGUUCUUGGUGACUUGUGUGAUCAACAACUUCCAGCAGCUGCUUCCCAGUCCGCCCCCGCUGCGCCCCCAGCGCCCCGAGUCCAUGCUGGGCAUGCCCAUGGUGACGCUGCCCUGCGUGGAGAGUCCACUCGAAAAGUUAAACUUCGGGGCGGUCUCCGUUCACCGAGAUCACAUGACCAUCAGCCCUAUCGGUUCCCCGCCACCCCCGAUUCUAGACCACUGCGCCGCCCACCCGCCCGCCCGCUACCCCACGCUGCACCGCUCCUACUCCACGCAGGUCUAG